GUCACGUGACGAACGCUAACUAAAGAGUUAAAAAUUAAAAUAAAAGGUAUAAAAGCACGCAGUCGAAAGUGUAAAACCCUAAAAAACUUUGCAGAAGAGGAAGUAUCAGGAAAAUGGGAGUUGAGAAGGAAUUGUUGAGGAGCGGCACCGGCCGGAAGCCCGUCGUCGGUCAAAAAGUCACCGUUCACUGCACCGGCUUCGGUAAAAAUGGCGAUCUUUCCCAAAAGUUCUGGAGCACGAAGGAUCCAGGGCAGGAGCCUUUUUCUUUCCAAGUUGGAAUGGGCAAAGUUAUUAAAGGAUGGGAUGAAGGGGUUUUAGGAAUGCAAGUGGGAGAAGUUGCUCGAUUAACAUGCUCGCCCGACUAUGCAUACGGCACGGGCGGUUUUCCAGCAUGGGGUAUUAAGCCAAACUCGGUUCUGGUUUUCGAGAUCGAAGUUCUGAGUGCUCAGUGACCAUCUUAUAUUAUUAGACCUAAUAAAUAAGAGAUUGAGCUUCGCUUAUUGCGUUCUCCCAUGCUUUUGCAUUGUCGUAUUUCCAAUUAUUUUGGAUGCAAGUUAGAUGUAUGAAUAUUUUGUUACUUAUUCUCGUUAAACAUCAACGUCGAUGUUAUGCGUUAAAAAUGCUCGUUAAAAUUAGGAUUUGUCUUUCAUGUCCC